GUGCUUGACAAAAGCUAUCCACAAAUUGAGAGAUGUAUUGAUAGUUGCCCAUAGUCUCUUGACAUUGCCACUGCAAAUUUUAAGCAUACAUUUAUAAUGUUCAAACGGACUUUGAGAAUUAUGUUUGUUAAGUGUCGUGAAGAAGGUUAUCACGUGAUUUUUGCAAUAAAAUAAACAUAAAACGUCGAGACUAUCAUGACAUUACGACAUUGACCGUGCUUGACAAAAGCUAUCCACAAAUUUGUGACGUUGCCAUUGCUGUUUUCCUUAGACGACUUCUUGAGCUCUGAGAGAAACCAUGGCACUGGAUUAUAUUUCCAUCAAUGAUGCUUCUCUUGUCAGCGGCGUCCUAAAGACAUCGUUUCUGGCUCUUCUUUGCUAUUUCCUCUAUCAGUUCUUCAAAAAUGGCAAACGGUACAAUUACCCGCCAGGACCAACAGGUUUACCUUUUCUGGGCAGUGUUUUGAGUCUGAUUUUUACUAAGAAAUAUCAACAUGAGGUGGUGGCUCAGUGGACGAAGAAGUUUGGUAAUGUCAUUUGCAUCAAGCUCUUCAACACUCGACUCGUAAUUCUGAGUGAUGAGCAGCUUAUUCAAGAAGUGUUUGGUGGCCAUCACGUGAUCGAUAGACCGGCAAUGCCUGUCGUCAAAGAAGUCACCGGAAGGAAGUUUGCUGGUGUUGCCUUCGCUAAUGGUGAAAUAUGGCAGGAACAGCGUCGCUUCUUUCUCUCUGCUUUCAAGAAACCUGAAGUAGGUGGGAUCAGGUAUGAGAAUAUCAUCGAAGACCAGGCGAUUCGCGUGUUGUCAGAGAUUGAAAAGAGCAAUGGGCAAAUGUUCGAACCUAAUCAAUGGCUAUAUGCCUCCAUUGGAAACAUCAUUCUCAAGAUCGCAACCGGAGUUUCCUAUGAGUACGACGAUGAUAAAUUGCGUCGUAUUUUGGUUCGCUCUAAGCGAAUUUUUGAUGCGAUUGGCCCAGGCGGCCUUUUGAACGUAGUGCCCAUCCUUGCAGCUAUCCCGUCUCGGCCGAAGCAACUUCUCUCAGAAGGGUGGAGUGGGCUCUUUGACUAUAUGAGGGAGAGUAUCGCAAGCCACAAGUCAGCAACUGGGUCACAAGGAGAUGACUUCAUCAAGAAGUAUCUAACGAUGUCUGGAAAGGUGGAUGGUAAGGGAAGUUUUGAUGAAACCAACCUUCUUGAAUCUUCAAUCGAAAUGCUGAUUGGUGGGCUAGAAACAUCGGCCACAUCUCUUGAAUGGAUUCUCCACACACUGGCAUCGCAUCCGGAAGCGCAACGCCGAAUUCGUCAAGAAAUGGCCGAGGUCAUCGGCAAGGACCGCUUUCCACAGUACUCCGACCACAACAGAAUGCCCCAAACUAUGGCCAUCAUUGCUGAAUGCAUGCGUUUCCGACCAGUGGCCCCUAUUCCUUUCACUCACAUCGCUAAUGAGGAUUUCAAGAUCGGCGAGUACGACAUCCCAAACGGCACACAGAUCACGUUUAGCGUCUGGGAUUUGGCAAGAAGUCCGAUGCUCUGGGAAAAGCCGGAAGAGUUUAGACUGGACAGGUUCUUGACUAAAGAUGGGAAGUUCAAUAAGAAGCGAGAGCCAUCUCAUUUUGGAGUGGGUCGAAGAAUUUGUCCAGGCGAGGUGUUGGCCAGGGCCGAGAUCUUCUUGUUCACCACUUACAUCGUGAGGCGCUUUAACCUCCGUCUGGCUGAAGGAACUCCAGAAAAUCCGAAGUGCCUCGUGGGCCUUACUGUCAGACCAGAACCAUACCAGAUCCAUGCUGAGAAGAUCGAGUAAUCUAACCGUCUAUCCGUUUUGCUAAGGGCGGCAGUUUAGAGGAACGGGGGACAUGUAUUUGAAAGCCCCCCCCCCCCUUAACCGCCGCCACCACAAAUGCCCCUACCUUACCUCCGCUCGUCCCCGAAAUUCACGAGAUCUCAUGUCGAAUCGUCAUAAUUAAGACAGUAAAUACCUUCGCGUACAGAUAUUCUACGAUGUGUCUGUUUUAUUAGUCCCGCAUUUUCAUUUUAUAUUAUUUUUACAGAAUGGUGACAAAAUCAUAGAAUUGCGGAUCCAGUCGACAUUUAUUUAUUCUUCUUAUAAUUUCAUGCUAUCAAAAAGAAGAAAAAUUUAAAUCAAAAUUACGUUAAGUAAGAAGAUGGCCAUCCAAAACCAAAAAACUAUUCAAAUCAUAAUAAAAUGUUUCGGUUAGCUGAACAUUCAAUUGGCUACACUUCUAAAACAAUUUGUACUGUUUUCCAUUGCCAGUGCCAUUUGACAGGGGCAGCAACGUUUGCCACCUCCGCCUUAAAUCAAAAGGGGCUCAAAUAUUUGUCCAUAACCUUAUUAUUCUCUGAUUUAUCCAAAAGCCCUCGUUUUAUUACAAAAUAGCAAGUUUUUUUCAGUCAUGUUUAUAUUUUCGUCAUCCUUAUGAAGUGGUGUUCAAUAAUGUAAAAGUUUCACUUUAUCAAGUCUGCAGUACUGUAAUAUUAUUUGGAAUGAUUCUGAAACAACAAAACUGGAACCUCUAAACAUAAUGUCAUUGAAAUCUUGUGAAUAUGCAGAAACACUCCGUUAGUUCGUUGAGAGAUCAAUCCUAGAGUUGCACUUCAUGUUAUCUUCUCGUAACCCUCAACAUGCUAAAUGUAUAUGGUAUCUAAAAAAACCAAAUAGCAUCAGUAUUCUAUGGUAUAUUUUGUAUUAUUAUUCAGAAAAAUAUAUAUCCAAAUGUUUUUCGAAACGAAUUCGUUCCGAGGAAAUCAAUAGUUUAACUAUACAAUAACCAUUAUAACAUCAUAGAACUAAGUUGAAAGGUUUAUAAACUUGAUAAAAGUAUAUGCAAAGUUGUUUCCUUUAUUUCCUCUCGUAACGUUAAAAUGGUUCUCCAUUUGGUACUGUGCUGGAGUUUUUUGUACUUUAUCCUUCUUCUUGUAUAAUCAAUUUUGUCUAGUUAAUCAAUAGUCAAUACAGUGUCUGUAUGAUAUCUUCUGUCUAUAUUAUCUUCUUAUUAUUAAAUUUCUGUAAAGAUCUCUUUGGUUUUCA